CGAGCGCACAAUGAUUAGUCUAGUUAUACCAGUCGUUAAUUAUAAAAGCAGUGUUGUCUUUCAAACACCCGACAGACACGUCACAACAUAACCAGGUAGCUUUGUACAAUAAGUUAGUUCUUAUAAAGAAGCGCAAUAGGCUACAGUCAAAGUGACUAGGUAACAGAGACUAGGGAGCUUCCUUCACAACCGGUAAACAAACCGUUAUCGAUAUGUGUUACAUUUGACAGUUUCAUCUUCUGUGCAAAAAGGCCGGCAUUUAGUUAGAAUUUUUAAUGCCAAAAUGGUGGACCGUCAAGCAAGGAGUAGGCGACAGUCAAAGCUAAAAUGGGAACUGGAUGUGAGGCCAUUGGUUUCAUCGAGAGCCUGGUUGAAGAACUAUGGACUUAAGAAAAACAAAUUAACUAUGCAUCAAUUGCUACCGACAAUAGGCUUUAAAUUAAGCGACGAUUACGACACAAAUUUAAAGAGACCAGUUGCAUCACGUUAUGGAGGAUCAUUGUUCAUGCGAGCUUUUCGUAAGGAUGGAAACACCUACAAUUUGAAGUGUUCUAAAGAAAAACUGGUACAAAUUAAAAACAGAUUAUCCCAAGUAAUAAACUUGUUUGAUAGACGGCUGUCAUGGCUGACUUCGGAGAGCAGACGAACAUUUGGAGUGAUGGAAGAAAAAUCAGUGACUAUUGUGUUAGAUAUAAAGAACAUUUCACCACAACAAUUCAAUCAGUUUUUUGGGGCAUUUCAGUUGGUACUACAAGAACAAAUAUCUCAAAUAAGUAAAUUUAAUUUAAUUCGAUCAGCUGAGGACAUGAAAUUAUUUCGAGAGCAAUGUGUCCCUGUAACUCAUGACACAUUAUAUGAGGCAUCACAAUGGAUUAAGGAUUGUGAUAGACUAGCUCCAGUCUCCUCAACAGCAGGCUGUGAAGCUGUUCUAAAAGCGCUGGAAGAUAAAAGUAAUGAGGCAGUGUACUUUUUGACAGAAGGCUCAACUAUAGAUUCAUGCAGAGGCGUGUUCCUUGAAAGAUUGUCCAGUGCCAAUCCUUCUAUACCAGUUCAUAUUGUCUCUUACAACUGUGAUAAUAUUGAUACAAUUCAUUAUUUAAAAGAUCUUGCAAAAUGUACAAAUGCCCGAUUCCAUGCGUAUGCUGUCACUAUGGAAAUGGUAACUUAUGAUGCCGAUGGCGUUGACAGUGGUGGAAGCUCCCUAGUUUUGAAGAAGAAUAUGUAUGGUGGCAUGCCUGAAGGUGCUGGCAUCAGAGAAGAUGUUCUAAUUUUGUUUGAAGAAUUUGAAGAAGCAAGGAAUACCCUUACAUUCAUUGAACAACUCAUAAAAGAUAGUAACUGGGAUGCACCUAAAGAGGAAGAUGAUAAGACAAAGGGACGAAGGAAAGGGAGAAAUGGAAAUAUAGUGGUAAGAAAAGAAUCUAGUAUGGGAUCUGCUGAAUGGUUGAGAAGGUAUGGUCUGGAGAUCAACAAGCUAGAGUUUUGUGAUGCCCUUUCCAAAGUGACUUUUGAUCAUGUUGAAGGUGUGACAAAUGUGUACCAUUCUGCUACAUGUCAUGAUAAGAAACUGGUAGACGCUGUUUACUGUGAAAGUCUUUUCCCGGCUGUAAAUUGGAGUGAUGGCACUAUCAAACAUGUGAUUGUCACUCCAGGAAUUCACAGAAACUACGAACAGAGGAUUACUGUGGCACUGAACAAAAUACAGGAAAGGAUCAACUGGUUAAAAAAAGGUAGUAGAGCAGUCUUUGGAACAAUAAUUGAAGAUAGUAUUUAUAUUAUUAUAGACUGUUCUGCUUCUAUGGAGCCCAAUAUUCAAUUUGUGAAAGAGAAACUUUAUAGGUUAAUUCAUGAACAGCUGAGACACAAAAAGAGAUUUAAUAUCAUCAGUUUUGGCUCAAUAGUUGAAGCCUGGAGUUCAAGACUAGUUGACAUAAAACCACAUUCUUUACAGAGUGCCUGGAACUGGAUUCAAGCUUUAACCUGUUCAGGAUCAACCAAUACCCAUGCUGCCCUGCAAUAUGCCAUGGCUGAUCCCAUGGCAGAUGCAGUAUAUCUACUGACAGAUGGCUGUCCCGACCAACCCCCAAAGUCUAUAAUAGCACAAGUUCUCCAUCAAAAUAAACUCCCAAUCCACACAAUAGCUUUUAAUUGUAAUAACACAGAUGGAAACCAGUUCCUGUAUGAGUUAGCAUGUAAUACUGGAGGACGGUUCCAUCAUUUUUCUGAAUAUUACAUGGAUGAAAGUCAACCUCAGCCAUGGAUUAGUGAGGAUUUGAAACUUCUUCAAAAUGAAUACAACCGUGGGAUGGAAAAUUUGAAGAGGAUAGCAAAACUCAGAGACCAGUGUCAAACUGUGUGCUGGGAAAGUGGAAUAAAAGAGUUACAACAAAAUAAAAACAAGCAUCCCCAAGAUCGUACUUGUGUUCAUUCGUCAAGAAUUGUCAAAACAUGCAACAACACCUUUCCUUUUACCCCUUUCACAAGACCAACAAGUGCUCCCCCUCAGUUGAAAUAUCAUCCAAAACCGCCAAAUAGAUCUGUGACAAUUAAACGUAAAAAGUCUAAAGCAGCAAAACCCAGACAGUCUAAAGUUGCAUUUUCCAAAUCUAAAUCUGUCUCAGACUCAGUGAAUGGUGAGGAGUCUGUUAAUGUCUCAGGAUCUGUUAAUGUCUCAGACUCUGUAAAUGUCUCAGAUUCAGCUAACGUUAUUAACUCUAUUACUGAGUCACAAAAUGUCUCAUACUCUGAAUCUGUUCCUAAGGAGACCGAUCCAGUGUCCGAUUCAACAAAUCUGUUACAAGCUGAACAAUGACAUUUUAGGCAAGGAUAUUCAAUGCAAAUGUGAUAAAUGUAAAAUAUUGUGAACAUUCUGUGAUAGUACCCUAUUAAUAUUAAUUUCAGAUCAGUUUGUACUGUAAUAAUUUGUAAUUGUAGUAGAUCUCAACCCGGUUACGGUAGUAUACAAACACACAUUUAGUAAUGAAUUUCUAAAUAAUCAAGUUAUUAGGGUGUAAUAUAUUAAGGUAUUUUUUUUCAUUUGAUAGGAAUGCACAAUGCAACAGGUCUCCUAAGACCUUUUAUUGAUAGGUAUGUAAUUUUCCUGGGUACUGCUGUUUUCAAGCGUAUUGUAUCUUAAGCUAAAACAUUGCAUUUUAAGUUGUUUGGUCAUAAAAUAAAAAAAACAAUUUGCUGUUUAUUUCAUAUUUUUAUCCAAAUAAUCAUUUAGACCAAUAGUUAAUUGGAGAUAUGAAAUAUGCACUGGGCCAAGCAUAUGAUUACAGAAUAUAACCAUAUAAAUUUUGAGGAAUUAUGUAUCUUUGGCUUUCUAUACAUGUGUCAUGUCACUUCGUCUCAGAAAACUGAUAUCUGAUUAAGAGAUCAUUAUUACCCUAUGUAAUCUUUAUCUCUCUAUUAUAUAAACAGGUGUUGAAUUAAUCUGCUAUUUAAGUUCUAGUUUAAAUUAGUAUUUCAACCAUGCACUGCUGUGUUUGGGUUAUAAAUUAUUUGAUUAUGAAAUCCUCUUCCUGUGGGUCUGAAUAAUAUAUCCCUGGUUUAAACAACCUUGUGAUAAGAGCUGAUCAUAAAAUUAUAUUAUAAGGCAAACUGUAUGUUGACCCAUAAUGUAGAUAAUGCAUGACUAAAUUUAGAAUAUAUUUUUUAAAAGUUAAUCUCUUUUAUAUUGACAUUGACAAGUUAAAAGAAAAUGAUGUCAAGUCCAAGCCCCCUUUAAGAUUUGGAUCUCCAUUAAUAGUCAUGUAAUGUCUCGUAUAUAACCUUAGUAUUAUGCAGUAUUCUUAUUUAUUGAUCUCAAAAGUCUUUUGACUUAAUCCCUAACUUAAAUAAAUAAGAAGCUAGUAUACAUAGAAACAUAUUAAAUAUUAAUCUAUUUACCAGUUGACUGUAGGUGUUAUCUAUAUAUUAUGUAUGUUCAAUGUAGGUAUAAUCGAUAAUUAUCUAAGUGUACAUUGCAAGUUUAUAAAAUAAUAUACGCUUUAAAGUAUUUCAAUCUAAUACCAGGGAUAUUGUUUUGAACAUAUUUCAGCCUUGGAGAUUUAACCUGUCAGUCAAUUUUAAGUCUUAAAACAAAAUAAAUAUAGUAAGAUUUAUGGUUUAUGUGUAAAAAGGUUGAUUUAUAAAUUCAUUCAACAUUAAAAUUGUUAUAUCAAAUUAACUGAUCAACUAGAUUUUAAUUUGAUUUAAUUUGCAAGCAUUUAUAUAGUUUUAGCACAUGUAUAUUAAAUUGUAUUACAUUAUAAUAAAUCAUUCAUGUAAUUUCAUUUAAUGAUUAUGUUUAUCAAUAUAAUUCUCUCUUUUCAUCAAAUGUAAAAUUCAGUGAAGCACUAAUUAAGUUUAGCAUUUGAACUGUAGUUUGUUAUUAAUUGGCUCUGUUUUCCAACAUUAUGUACCUGUGUAUUCUGUGAUUUCCAUUUUAUUCUCUAAAUAUUCUGAACUCAAUGAACUCUUUAAAACUAUUUAUAAAUUUAUCAUAAUGUUAUGAAUCUUAUCAUUAUUGUUAAUAAACUAAUCAAAAUUAA